AAUAAAUUUGAUAUGGAUGGAUAUACGUAGUAGUUUUGGUUCGCACGUAACGGUUUAGCAAUUUCAUAUUGUCAACAACUAUAGAUGUCAUUAGAUAACCAUCUUUUCAAUUUGAAGUUUGCUUCAAAGGAGCUGCAACGAAAUUCGAAAAAAUGCGAAAAAGAAGAGAAAGCAGAGAAGACGAAAUUGACAAAUGCAAUAAAGAAAGGUAAUAUGGAAGUAGCGCAGGUACACGCUGAGAAUGCAAUACGUAAGAAGAAUGAAGCAUUAAAUUAUUUAAGGAUGUCGGCGCGAAUUGACGCAGUGGCAGCGCGUGUGCAAACGGCCGCGACACAAAAACGUGUAACCCAAAGUAUGUCUGGUGUUGUGAAAGCGAUGGAAUCAGCCUUGCGCUCAAUGAAUUUGGAAAAAGUGCAGAAUUUGAUGGAUCGGUUCGAGAAAGAUUUUGAAAAUCUGGAUGUACAGUCUGCCACAAUGGAAGGUUCUAUGACAGCCACGACAACUCUGAAUGCACCUCAAGCACAAGUUAAUGCUUUAAUCCAGGAAGCGGCAGAUAAGGCUGGAUUGGAAUUGAACAUGGAAAUGCCAUCAACAGCAUCAAUUGGUGGCAAAGUUUCAACAUCAGCAGCGGAAAAUGAUGAACUAACACAACGUUUAGCAGCGUUAAGACAAAACUGAUGUGAAGAAUUUUCUCUUCCAAUGAUUAAUCAUGAACUUAUACGAUAUAGGAGAAAUGCAAAGUCAAUUGUCAAAGCAGUUUCUGUAACAGAUAUCAAAUGCGAUCAGUUGAUAUAUCGGAUGGAUAUGCUAUAAUCCAAGUCAUGAAUUUUGAAUUUCGAGAUAGCUAAAGGGGGUUCAUUCCCUCCAUCAUGUUUGAUCUUGAACAUGUUUCUCUUUUAUUUCUCUGACGAGGAGACCAUUAAUGAAGUAAUUUGGUAGCAUUUCGCUGACACGUUACUUCCAGAUAUUGCUUUGGAAAUGUGUAACUGUAAUUUAUAUCGUUGUAAAUUUCGUGCUAAUUUUGAUUGUACUUAAAAUUUUUUGAAUUAAGUAAAAUAUUUC